AUGGCCGACGAAUCCCAAAAGAUCCCAGUCGCCGCGUCCGAAGCCCGCCGAUUUGUCGAGGACAUUCUCAAAGGCAACGGUGUACCCGCCGAGAAUGCCGCGAUCGUCGCCCGCUGCCUCAUUGCUGCCGACCUUCGCGGCGUCGACACACACGGUAUGAAUCGCGUCCCCUCCUACAUGGAGCGUAUUCGUCAAGGCGUUCUCGAUGCCGCCGCCCAGCCCGAACUCAAGCAGGUUACCCCCGUUGUUGCGCAUGUUGACGGCAAGAACGGUUUUGGCUUCGUCGCGGCGACCGUGGGCAUGGCCGCGGCUAUUGAGUCCGCCAAAACCUUCGGCAUUGGCAUGGCAAGCGUCUCGCACUCGAACCACUUCGGUAUGAGUGCGUGGAUUGUGCAGCAGGCGCUCGACGCGGAUAUGAUGAGCUUGGUUUUCACCAACUCUAGCCCCGCAUUGCCAGUCUGGGGUGGCAAAAGUAAACUCAUGGGCGUGUCGCCGAUCGCCUGUGGCGCGCCCGGGAAGGACAAGCCAUUCAUCCUUGACAUGGCACCGUCGGUCGCCGCCAGGGGCAAGGUUUACAAGGCUAAGAGACGGGGUGAGAAGAUUCCCAUCGGCUGGGCUCUCGACGGCGAGGGCCGGCCGACGGAUGACCCAGCCGCAGCAUUGGAGGGCGUCAUGCUUCCCAUGGGCGGCCCCAAGGGCUCAGCGCUAUCGAUCAUGAUGGACGUCUUCUCGGGCGUCUUCUCAGGGUCUGCCUUCGCAGGCCACGUAACGACCCCGUACGAUCCUUCCAGGCCAGCCGACGUGGGCCACUUCCUUGUCGCCAUCAAGCCGGACCUCUUCAUGAGCCUGGACGACUUCCGCGAGAGGAUGCAUUACUUAUAUCAGCGCGUUGUAGGCGCAGAAAAGGCUGCGGGCGUGGAAAGAAUCUACUUCCCUGGUGAGAUUGAGCAACUGAAUCAGCAAGAAAGAGAAAAGAGCGGAAUACCUUUGGUCCAAGCAGAAAUUGACGCCCUCAAUGAAGAGGCCAAAAGAGUUGGUGCACAGUCGCUAGCUACAACGAUGAAUAUUGAAUGA